UAUAAGUUAAUUGUAUUUUGAAGGAAGAGUUGAUAUAAUGGACGUAUUUUGAUUGGGAAAGAAGAAUAAAGUGAAGGAGAGUAGGAUUAAGACUAAGAAGAAAGUUACUAAGAAGCUUACUGAAGAGUCGAAACUUACUGAUAAGACUACUAAGAAAGUCAAGAAAUCGCUGAAAAGCACCAAGAACGUAACAACUGAGGGGUUAAAAAAACCUCCAAAAGCAGUACUGAAAAAGUUUGGAUCAGAGCCAUCUCCUACCUUAUCUCCAGAGGAGAAGAGGAAGAUCUUUAAGAAGAAAAUCAGGAAGGUUAUGAGGAGAUGCAGUGAGCAAGAUUCAGUCCACUCUCCUUCUCCCUCUAUCUCCUACAAUCCUUUGUUUAAUUUCAAGAAUAUUGACAUAGAGUAAGCAAACCUAUUGGUUGCCCCAAAAACACUCGGACAAUAACUUCUAACUUGAUAGUAAUAUAAUAAACUUUCC